UGAAGUGUUAUUUCCUGUGAGUGUUGUCUGUGGGAAAUGGCUUCAAAUACUACGGUUCUACAGAAAUGUCCGUUGCCGAUGAAGGCUACAUCAAAUGGCCUCUUCCAGGGUGAUAACCCCCUUGAUUUUGCUCUUCCUCUUGCCAUUCUGCAGAUAUGUCUGGUAGUUGUACUUACAAGGGGACUUGCUUUUCUUCUAAGGCCAGUGAGGCAGCCACGUGUGAUUGCAGAGAUAAUUGGAGGAAUUUUACUUGGGCCGUCUGUUCUUGGUAGAAGUAAGAGCUACUUGCAUGCCAUAUUUCCUCCGAAGAGUCUUACCGUAUUGGAUACCCUAGCAAACAUUGGUCUCAUUUUCUUUUUAUUCCUUGCUGGUCUAGAAAUAGACCCCAAAUCCCUCCGAAGAACCGGUAAAACAUCCCUUGCAAUCGCUGUUGCUGGCAUAGGCCUUCCUUUUUCUUUAGGAAUUGGUUCUUCAGUUUUGCUCCGUGCAACUAUCUCAAAAGGUGUAAACGCAUCUGCUUUUCUAGUGUUUAUGGGUGUUGCUCUUUCUAUUACUGCCUUUCCUGUCUUAGCUCGCAUUCUGGCAGAGUUGAAGCUUUUAACGACAGAAGUCGGAAGAAUGGCGAUGUCAGCUGCAGCUGUUAACGAUGUAGCUGCAUGGAUUCUACUUGCACUUGCUGUUGCCCUAUCAGGAUCCAACAAUUCUCCUGUUGUAUCACUGUGGGUCUUCUUGUCUGGGUGUGUUUUUGUCAUUUGUUUGACUCUUAUUUUACCCCCGUUCUUCAAAUGGAUGGCUUGUCGAUGCCAUGAUGGUGAGCCAGUAGAAGAGGUAUACAUAUGUGCUAUAUUAGCUGUUGUUCUGGCUGCUGGGUUCAUAACUGAUGCUAUUGGAAUUCAUGCCAUGUUUGGUGCUUUUGUGGUUGGAGUUCUUUUUCCAAAGGAAGGACCAUUUGCACAUGCUCUUGUGGAAAAAGUUGAGGAUCUUGUAUCUGGGUUGUUCUUGCCAUUAUACUUUGCAUCAAGUGGACUGAAGACGAAUGUUGCUACGAUUCAGGGGCUCCAAUCCUGGGGCCUUCUGGCUUUGGUUAUUUUUACAGCUUGUUUCGGGAAGAUCCUUGGGACUGUUGUGGUGUCCCUUUUCUGCAAAGUGCCUCUUCGAGAAGCUCUAGCGCUUGGGUUCCUUAUGAAUACCAAAGGGCUGGUGGAACUAAUUGUUCUCAACAUUGGGAAGGAUAGAAAGGUUCUAAAUGAUCAAACAUUUGCUAUUAUGGUUCUAAUGGCACUCUUUACUACCUUCAUUACCACACCAGUUGUUCUAGCAGUUUAUAAGCCUGCAAGAAAGAGAAAAGUUGACUACAAAUAUAGAACCAUUGAAAGAAAAAAUCCAGAUACUCAACUUAGAAUAUUGGCAUGUUUCCACAGUGCAAGAAAUAUCCCAUCAAUGAUAAAUCUCCUCGAGGCUUCACGAGGAGUCAAGAAGCGUGAAGGACUUUCUGUGUAUGCUCUGCACCUGAUGGAGCUGUCUGAGAGGUCAUCUGCCAUAUUAAUGGUACACAAGGCUAGGAAAAAUGUUCCCUUCUGGAAUAAGGGCUGGGACUCCCGUUGUGAUCAUGUUGUUGUGGCAUUUGAGGCUUUCCAACAACUGAGUCAAGUCACUGUCCGGUCGAUGACUUCAAUAUCCUCAAUGACUGAUAUGCACGAGGAUAUUUGUACCACUGCUGAGAGUAAGAGAGCUGCUAUCAUAAUCCUUCCUUUCCAUAAGCACCAGAGAAUUGAUGGUUCUUUGGAGACCACUAGGACAGACUUUCGUUGGGUCAACCGGAGGGUUCUUGAACAUGCACCUUGUUCUGUUGGAAUUCUAGUUGAUCGUGGUCUUGGUGGAACCACCCAUGUAUCUGCAAGUAAUGUCUCCUAUUUGAUAACUGUUCUUUUCUUCGGGGGUCAUGAUGAUCGUGAAGCCCUUGCUUAUGGGGCUCGAAUGGCUGAGCACCCCGGUAUCAGUUUAAGUAUCAUUCGCUUUGUGGUGGAACCUGGAACUGUCGGAGAAAUCGCUACAGUUGAUAUGCAAGAGAACUCCAGCCUCAAAUCAAUGUCAUUGGACGAAGAAUUUCUUUCCGAGUUUAAGCAGAAGAUAUCAAAGGAUGAUUCUAUCCUAUACGAAGAAAAAGCCGUCCGUAAUGUCUUGGAAACUAUAGCUGCAAUUCGUGGGGCUGGCCGCUGCAACCUUUUCCUUGUGGGACGAGUGCCAGAUGGUGAAUUGGCCUUAGCUUUAAGGAGAAGUAGUGAAUGCCCAGAACUGGGGCCUAUUGGUGGCUUGCUGAUAUCUCCUUUUUCAACAACAGCAUCAGUUUUGGUGAUUCAGCAGUACAAUGACAAUGCAUCCCUGGAUCUGGCUGCAGACAUGUUGGAAGAAUCUGAAUCUAACUAAUUAUCUUCUCGGCCUCAACAUUAAUCCU